AGCAUCACCACCGCGAGUUAACGGCAAUGUGAGUUAAUGGGAAAGUUCACUCUCUGAGUUCAGCUGUGUGUCGAGACCGGGAUAGUUUUACCAGGCGUGUGUUUCCAGACUUUCAGAAGCAAUGCCAGGCUUUGGUGGAGCUGUGCCAUAAAGCAGAAGGAGAGUCUUCUGACCCAGCAGCUCCCCCCAGUGACCCCCCCACACCCCUCCUGACUCAGGGAUAUCAUGGGACCCUUCCCCUUUCACACUUCCACACUCCCUUUCCUCUUCCUCUCCCUCCUCCUCCUGUCUCACCCCUGCACCUCCUUCAGGCCCCAGGUAGUGGAGCGAGCGUCUAGCCCCGAUCAGCCCCCGCCCUCUGGUAACACUACAGCGUCUGGCAAGCGGACAUGUACGGACAAAGUGGUGUGUAGACCUGGCAUCCUGCUGCCAGUGUGGUUGCCACUCAACCCUCCACUGGGGGAGCAGACAGGGAGGGCUCUGGUCUACUUCCUCUGUCUCAUGUACAUGUUCCUGGGUGUGUCCAUCAUUGCAGACCGCUUCAUGGCAUCUAUAGAAGUCAUCACCUCUCAGGAGAAAGAGGUAACAAUCACCAAACCCAACGGUGAAACGACGGUAACAACGGUGCGAAUCUGGAACGAGACUGUGUCCAACCUCACACUCAUGGCCCUGGGCUCCUCGGCACCUGAGAUCCUGCUUUCUGUUAUUGAGGUGUGUGGACACAACUUUAAUGCGGGGGAGCUCGGCCCAGGCACCAUAGUGGGCAGCGCUGCCUUCAAUAUGUUUGUCAUAAUUGGUAUUUGUGUGUGGGUGAUCCCUGACGGAGAGUCUCGCAAGAUUAAACACCUGCGUGUGUUUUUUAUUACGGCUUUCUGGAGUAUUUUUGCCUACAUUUGGCUCUACCUCAUACUGGCUGUCAUCUCACCUGGGAUUGUAGAGGUGUGGGAGGCUGUAGUGACGCUGCUCUACUUUCCUGUGUGUGUGAUCUUGGCUUGGAUCGCUGACCGUCGCCUACUCUUCUACAAAUAUAUGCACAAGCGCUACCGUGCUGACAAGAGACACGGGAUUGUGGUGGAAAUGGAAGGUGACCUUGCACCCAAAGGCACUGACGUGAUCAUGGAUGGAAAGUUCUCAGACGGCAGUUCGUGCCCUGGAAACUCCUCCAGUGUGACCGUGUCUGUGCAGACAGGCAAUGAACUAGACCAGAACAAAGAUGAGGUGGUCCGUAUUCUGAAAGACCUGAAGGAGAAACACCCAGACAAAGACCUUGACCAGCUGAUUGAGAUGGCCAACUACUCUGCCCUGGUUCAUCAGAAGAAGAGCCGUGCCUUCUACCGUGUCCAGGCAACACGCAUGAUAAUUGGUGCUGGAAACAUAUUAAGGAGACAUGCUGCUGAGCACACGCGUCGCUCUGGUACCAGGAGCCAGGAGGACAUGGCCACAUGCUCUCAUAUUUGUUUUGAAAGUGCACAGUACCAGUGCACUGAGAACUGUGGGACCCUUACCCUCUGGGUGAUCCUUGAGGGGGGCACAGGCCAGAACACUUUCUAUGUGGACUACUGUACAGAAAAUGGUUCCGCUAAUGCCGGAGCAGACUAUGAAUUCAGUGAGGGAACCUUAGUGUUUAAGCCAGGGGAGACCCGGAAAGAGAUCAAGGUGGGCAUCUUGGACGAUGACAUCUUUGAGGAGGACGAGCACUUCUUUGUGCGUCUUCAGAACCUGAGGUUAGAUGAGGGUGGAAAUGAGGGGACAGGAACUCCACCCAAGGGUAGACUAGUGGAGCCGCUGGUUGCCACCAUCACUAUCUUGGAUGACGACCAUGCCGGCAUCUUCACCUUUGGUCAGCGUGUGCUGCGGGUGAGUGAGAGCACAGGCAUGCUGAUGGUGACAGUGGUGAGGAACUCUGGCUCUAGGGGCACCGUUGCUGUGCCAUACCAUACAGAGGAUGGCAGUGCCAAGGCUGGAGUGGACUACGAGGAGACCAGAGGGGAGCUGGAAUUCACCAAUGAACAGACCAGUCAGACCUUACAAGUGCGCAUUAUAAAUGUGGAGGAGUACGAGAAGCAGGAAAACUUCUUCAUUGUGCUUGAGGAUCCCAAAUGGCUGAAGCGAGGACUCUCAGGCAACCCCACCCCUGAGGAGGAAGAUGCCAGGAGGAUCUCUGAGAUGGGCAAACCCAUUCUAGGAGAGCACAGCAGACUGGAGGUCAUCAUAGAGGAGUCCUGUGAGUUUAAGAGCACUGUGGACAAACUGCUGAAGGACACAAAUCUGGCUGUAGUGAUUGGCUCUCACUCAUGGAGAGAGCAGUUUAUUGAAGCAGUCACAGUCAGUGCAGGUGACGGAGAUGAGGAGGAAGGACAGGAGCAGCGAAUGCCGAACUGCUGCGACUAUUUCAUGCACAUAUUUUGCGUUUUCUGGAAGGUUCUUUUUGCUUGUGUCCCGCCCACUGGGUACUGGAAUGGCUGGGCGUGCUUCAUAGUGUCAAUCUCUGUCAUCGGUGUCUUAACAGCCAUUAUUGGGGACCUUGCUUCCCAUUUUGGCUGCACAGUAGGCCUGAGAGACACAGUCACUGCGGUGGUGUUUGUAGCUCUGGGGACUUCACUUCCUGAUACCUUUGCCAGUAAAGUGGCUGCUACUCAGGACCAGUAUGCGGAUGCAUCUGUGGGAAAUGUGACAGGAAGCAACGCGGUUAAUGUCUUCCUAGGCAUUGGGGUGGCCUGGUCUGUAGCUGCAAUAUAUUGGGAAGUCAAAGGUAAGGUCUUCCGUGUGGAACCCGGCUCACUGGCCUUCUCCGUCACGCUCUUCACCAUUUUUGCCUUCUUCACUAUGGGAGUGUUGAUGAUACGCCGGAGACCGUCCAUAGGCGGCGAACUGGGAGGCCCACGGAUCUCUAAAAUCCUCACGUCACUGCUUCUCUUUGGUCUCUGGUUUCUCUACGUCCUCUUCUCCAGCUUGGAGGCCUACUGCCAUAUACAAGGCUUCUGAGAAAUCACAGCUGGGGAGAGUAAUGACUGCGCAAUCACAAACACACACAUCACCAGGACAUUCACCUGGACAGUACUGUUACAGUAAAUACAGCUGAGCAGACCUAUCAUCACUUGACAACUGCUGCCAUGGUUCAUAAAAAAUGUAAUCAAAGACAGACUUUCACAUGCAAAUCUGUACGUCACAUCCAUUGCGUGACAGUUCCAGUCAGUAGAAUUGAUUGUGACAGUAUUGAUCAUUUUCACAUAAGUGGACUAAAUAAUAUGCAGUGACUGUUUUUGAUAAAGGAGAGCAAAUGGUCAACGUGUACUCUGUGAAGUCUCUGGAUUUUGCUUGAUAAUGGCUUGAUGCCUGAUGACUCAUAAACUGGAUUUCAAGUUUGGUCUUCUCCUCAUGCGUAUAGAAGCUUUUGAAUCAGGUAGACUGCCUAACCUAGUGAUUGAGUAAGAUAAUCAGUGACCGCUGUUUUUAUACAGACAAGCAAUGUAAGUGAUAAUACAUGACAAGCUGCUUUGAUAUAUGAAAACAUUGAUAGAGGAACGCCACUCUGCCUUGCCUUGUUGCGGUGGAGUCGUUUUGUUUAUCAGGACACCUCUGACUGUAUCAUCACACUUAUACCAUGGCCACUUGUCACAGGCAAAAAGAGAAGCUGUGUUCAAAUUGUCAUUCAUUUUUUUAAAGUUUGUUGUUGUCAUUAAGCAUGGACCUAAGUAUGGAUAACCCAUAGUUAGGUCUGUUUGACCAGUUAGAGUUAAUUGAUAACAGCACAAAGCAAAAAUACUGUUGCUAUGGUUACCUUAAAUUUUUGUGCGCAGAUUUAGGAUGAUAGUUAAAAUGUUGACUGGAACUGUUUGAGUUUUCCCGGUGUACAAUUUCGAAAGAAACCUCUCCAGCCAAUCAGAAGCAAGUAUUUUCUGCGGCCAUGGUAUAAAAAACUGAGAGAUAAGCUGCUGUUGUAAUAUUGCAUCGCAAAAUUGUUUAUCUCUGUUCAGUUAUGUGAUACGGGGCAUUGUUUAGUGCACUGGUUCUCUUUUUCACGUCAAGGACCCCUGAACUGACACAAAUUAGACCAUGGACCCCCAUCUUUGUCCCAGGGUCCCCCAUCUC